UUAAGACAACGAGCGCUUUGUGUGAUUAAUUCAAUGUACGGCGACGCGUUACCGGAGAAGCGCCCGUCAGAGGAGCAGCGGCACGGAGAAAGAGGACCGAGGAACACCGACCGCUGCGGAGGAAACACUUGAAAUCAGUAUUGCAAUAAAACCAGUGGGUGUUUUUUUAUUUUUUUUAUUUUUUUAUAAAGAUGAAGACAUCUUGAGGAUGGCUUGUUUGGACUAAAAGUCUGCAUCAUCGCGCACGAAAGGAGUGAUUUCUUUUUUUUUUUCUUUCCCAGCAUCAGCUUGGGAGUAAAAAUACACCACAGGAAGGAGGACAGAAGCUCGGAAGGCAUGUCGUCGGAAAAACACGGUCUCGAUGACGCUGGCCGUCAGACCAUGCAGCCUCCUCCGUACCUCUCUGGCCCGCAAGACCCAAACGCACCCCAACACCCCGGCAUGCAAGCGGCACCGGGCAACCAGCCCAACUACCCUCCCCCGCCCCCUCCUCCGGGCUCCGACGGGUAUCUCCAAGAAACCCAGUUCCACUGCGGCCCAAUGACUCCUCAGGGGGCCCCGCAGGGCUACGCGGUCCAGACCCAGGCCCCGGGAGGGGCCAUGUCUCACGCCCCUGUAGGAUACCUCCACCCGGGCUACCCGCUUCAGCUCCAGCCCUGCACCGCCUAUGUACCCGUCUACCCCAUGGCAUCGGGACAACCCUACAUGCCGGCCGGAGGAGGCCAUCCAGGGAUCCCACCGGGCCAGAUUCACCCCAUGCAAAUGCCACCGAGCAUCACCUUAAUGGACCGUCGACCGCCACACGACUACCUGCCCAUCGCCGUGCUCACCACCGUCUGCUGCUUCUGGCCAACGGGCAUCAUCGCGAUCAUCAAAGCAGUGCAGGUGCGCACGGCGAUAGCCAGGGGGGACAUGGUGACGGCGGAGAUAGCCUCCCGCGAGGCACGCAACUUCUCCUUCAUCAGCCUGGCGGUCGGCAUUGCCUCCAUUGUGCUGUGCACCAUCCUCACCGUGGUGGUCAUCAUCGCCUCGCAGCACCACGACGACGACUGGGAACCGUAACUCCACACAGCGUCAGACAGAUGGGAAUACAUGGCAUAUGUUAGCAUAUAUGGAGGAAGGAGGAGCACUGAGAACGUACACAAACUGCUACUGCAUUGUUGGCCCUAUUGUGUACAGCUGCACACACACACACACACACACACACACACACAGCUCUGACCAUACCCGCUACCAUGAAUCACAUAAAACGACGACCAAAAGCCACCAAUUCACAGCUGAUGAUCAAAUGCCAAAUACAAGCGCUGUCAAAUGAAGCAAACGCUUAAUAUUUACACUCAGAAAAGAGCUGCAUGAGAAGCAGCUUGUGUUAACAAUUCAUUUGACGUUGAUUAAUUCAUAGGUCAUGUGUUAAAUAUUCUAGAAACUAAAUCUACUGAAUGGGUCCAUGCAGUUUGUUUUUAGGAUAUUUAAAUGCACAUUUUAGUGUUACAAGUUAAAAAAAAAUGCAGUUGACCUGUUUUAUUCUUUAAAACGAAGGAAAAGUGCAAUGAUGAAACAGAAUACAGCUGACAGAUUGUCAAACUGAUUAAAAGUGUUAAUGGGAGUGAACAAUACACAUUUAAAACACCAUCAGUCAUGGAGACUGACUGUCUAAUGUAACCAAACAGAGUAUUUAUCCAAUAUUGUUUUUUGAUGGAUAUUUUAGCUGGAUAAGAUGAUAAUUAAUUAUAUGUUUGUUAUUUAUGAAUUCAUUCAAUAUCUACCCAUGCAUUGACUUUGUCUGCUAUAAUUUACAGUAUAUCGUUUAUUGCAGCUAUCUGACACUUUUGAAUUGGCUUAAGUUUGAUAUCUGAUGCACUCCGCAGUAACAAGACGAGACAAUGCAGCUGCUUACCUUCAUAGUUGAUAUAGAGCAUGAUAAGUAUAAAUUUAAGCUAAUGGGGCGUUUAGUGCAUUAAUAGCUUGUCACCCAGCUGUUGGUGCAAAUAUUUCCUGAAAUGUCUACAAGCGUGUGGUAGUUUUGUUUUUUUCUCAAGCAAGUUACCAUCCAUAAAAAAAAAUGAGACAAUUUUGCUGAUUAUUAUAUAGUAUUUGAAUCUUAUGUUUGCAAAUAUGCUUUUAUGCAAUAUUUUAGGAGCGUAUUGGCCUAUUUUGUGUUGCACAUCUUAGCUAUUUGAUCUCCCAGACACUGUGUGUGAAACUCUAGUGCAACGUUAGACCCAUGAGGCAGCAUCGCCCUGCAUGUCAUCCUCAGUUUGUUUCCAUCCGUCUAAAAUAUUGAAGUUAGUGUCGGGGGCCACAGUUAGAUGUGCGACUGUGAGCUCCUAUGACGAUGUUUCACUGUUGUAACACGAUGAGCCGGGGUUUCAUGUGAGUAUGGUCUCCUUAAUGUAGCAGCAGUGCUGCUGUUUAUAAGAGCCAACAAAGCUGUAAGUCAACGGUACUGUAUGAACUGUUACAUGAGGUUCACGGGAGGAGCUGAAAAUGAAUGUUUCCAAUGGGAGAGAGGGAAAAUAUUAAUGCCUAUACUGUAUUGUAGCACUUUCUGCUCAAUGAUCAAUCUUUUCUCUGUUUCCUCUUUUCUCUUUUUGUCUUUCUCCUGUUCACAUGAGUUAUUGGACCUAUCAACAUUUCUCUUCUGACCCCCUCUCCUAUAUUGGAUGAUGAUGCUAUUUUUAAAAGAGUUAUACAGAGAUAUUAAAGAAUAAUGUUUGUUAAUAAUGAACAACAAGAGAGAGAGUAUAACUACAGUAUAUUCUGUUGUUUAUAUAUUAUUAUUGUUUUUAUUACUGCCAACUGCAUUGCACUUGAUUUUCACUCGCGUAAUAAUAAGUACAUCCGUGCACAAAUCUUCACUAAAAUCUGUUCCUAAAAGCCAACUUAGUAAAAAAAUUAUUUUGUUAUUUUCAUGACACGUUUAGACAUGUUUAAAAGCAAUUCUUCAUUUUUAUUUUACUCAAUGAUCAAUUUCCCCACUUAAAUAUGUAUUUUAAACAUUGAAAUUUGACAAAAUGGCUCUCGUUAAUGAGUCUGUUCUACUUAAUGGGACAAAAUCAUACUUGCUUUGUAGGGGGGAUUAAAAAACAAGAAUAUAGCUGCCAGCUCCAUCAGCUUGUUUUAGAGAUAGAAAACAUUAACCAGUGAGCUUUAGAGGUCCUACCAAGAUUACAAUUGGAUACAGCCAGACUAGCUUUUCCCUGCUGUUGCUAAGCUAAGCUAAGCUAAGUAGCCCCUCGCUGUCGCUUCAUGUGCAUUGUCCCGGUAUCGAGUAAGAAAUGUUGUUGAAUAGGGGCACUAAAUUUCUUUCACUUAAACCCAUUUGACAGAUGCAAGCCCCGUCCUUAUAUGAGUGACUGAGGGAUAUUUCAGUGUUAAAAGAGUGAAGCACAGUAUUGUGUAGUGUUAUAAUUGUACACAAGGCUCUGGCGGUGUGUGUGUGUGUGUGUGUGUGUGUGUGUGUGUCUAACGAAUAGAGUCACUAGCAUAUCUAAGGUUAGUUCAUGCAGCGUGGCUUCAUUUCCCUGUUUGCUUUCUGAUGGGGCUCAGCAACAUGACCGUGUUCUUACAUUGCUGAAAGAUGCGUUUUUUGUUUUCUUAUUUUCAGUUUUUUGUUUUUGAGCUUGUAAAUGCGACGGGUUGCUUGUUGCAAAGAGGCAGAAAUGAGCUGUGUACGUGUGGUUCUCUUGGGGUUUACUAUUACAAUGAUGUUCAUGGCUGUGUUGCACACGCGUUGGUUGUUUCUGACUUCAGUUGUUUGAGUAACGAAUAAAAAAAAAAUCAUUUUUGCGGAUGUGAACGAAACA